GGUGGCGGCAGUUAUGGCGGACCCCCGCGCGAGUCGCGCGGUUAUGGACGCGAAUCGCCGCGCGGGGGCUCCAGACGUGGCGACCCCUAUGGCGGCGGCAGCAGAGGUAGCACUGAUCGGUACGGCAGGAGACGGUACUCCAGCAGUACGUACCGGGGCUCGCGAACCAACAUCCGUCUCCUUAACCCCCAAUCGACUACUCAUUCAUUAAUCCGCAAACAUAUCCACUCAUCUCUGCAACACAUUUCUCAAAUGAAUCGCACAAAUAACACAUACCUGUGCUCCUCCUCUGUCUUCGUGCCAGCCACCGGUGCUCUCAGUAGGCCUGUCCACUGCUCUGCUCAGCUCUGCUCAUCACACGUCCGGCGGCCUAACACACCAUUUGUCCAUUUGUCAAACAGCCGAUCCAUGUCGCCAAUGAUGCCCAGGGGUGGUGGUGGUCGACCCCGUACGCCACCGAGUCGCUCGCGAUCCAGGUCUCCCAUAGCUAAGUCUCCCCGACAGGACAACCGCUACAUCAAGUAUUAGACACACCAUCCCAUCUCACCCGCUGGUUAUAUGCCUGUCCACUGACUAUCUGCCAGUGCAGCCACACCUCGCACCUCAACUUUUACCUUAAUUUUUAAUAAUAUUGAUAAUAAUUAUGUGGACACAAAGUUGCUGUCGACAAACGUAUACCUGAUAUAGUUUACACUCAUUUUUGAUUUUUAAAUUUUUUAUUUAAAUAUUUUAUUUCUCUAAAUUUGACGAUAUUUUUCACUUUUAAAGAGAUAUUUUAAACGAUAUUUUGUGUUUUAAAACUAGUUUUUUAUAAUUAUAUAAAUAUAACUACCAUUUCGUG